AUGUCCACUGCUGCAAAAGCAAAAAAGCCUUUCAAAUCAAAAACUUCCUCCUCGUCUUCUCUUUCUUUCUUGACUGCACCAUCAUCAGUGAUGAUUGCGAGUGGCAAUACGCCCACAACUGCGCCUUCAAACAAUAUUAUUACGACACCAACAAGUAAUAUAAGUGGUGCAAAAUCUACCAAUCAAACAUCAACUCUUCUUGCACAACGAUUUAUUCAAUCUCUAGGUAUUGAGGAGCUUUCCAAUAACACUCUUAUCCCAAAAGAUCUUUUUAAUUUCUGUGAGCAGUUAUUUAUGAAAUGUUUGCAUGAUAGGGACAAGAAAUUUGUCGAACAAUAUUUAUCGUCAUUGAUAAAAAAACAUGUGGGAAACGAUACUCUUUUGAGCACUGAUUGGGAGAGCAUUCCACUGCCAGAUCUUCCAUCUAGUUGGAAUACAACCUCAAAUGCUCUUAAAGAAUCUUCUUCCACAGCCUCAACCACAGCAGUAGAUACAUUACCUAAAAUUCCGAAAAUUACAAAGAAACGAACACUAGAAGAAAUUGUUGCUCCGAAUGGUGAUCCUAGUAAAAACUCAGCAACAGUUAGUAGUAGCAACAGCGGUGGUACUACCAUGUUUUUACAAGCGACCAAGCCUUCAUCAUUUGUAAAAAAUCCAAACGCCUUAUCAAAGCCUGUUUCAUUUUUGCUUCAAAAGAAUACUCAAUCAUCCUAUAUUAACCCUUCUUCUUCAAUCAAUGCUGCAAACAAUUUGAAUCGAGAGAGUCUUGAAGCUCUUUUUAGAAAAUUGGAUAAAAUUAAAAAGAAGAAAGCUACCAUGAAUAAGCAAGCAACACCUCCACCUCAUAAAAAGAUGAAGGUAGCAUCUUCUUUUGCAAAAUCAGGUUUUGUAGGAACCAUGGAGGCAUUGGAAAAGCAAUACUUGAGGACAUCAUCCGAACUUAAACCAGAAGACUUUAGACCAUUUCAUAUUUUACAAAAAUCUUUACCUUUUGUUGUUUCAAAAUAUGAAAGAGGGGAAGUUACAUAUGAUGAUUAUUUGUGUGAGCAAAUGAAAGCAAUUAGACAAGAUUUGACUGUACAAGGCAUUGAGAAUGAAUUUACAGUGCUUGUUUAUGAAACUCAUGCAAGAAUUGCAAUCAAGAAUAAGGAUAUUAGUGAAUUCAAUCAAUGUCAAACGAGACUAAAGGAUUUAUAUAGUAAGGGUUUAAAAGGAAACAGAGAAGAAUUUCUCAUGUACAACAUUAUGUAUUUAACUCUUAAUGAUUCAACUUCUGAGCUUACCAAGGUAUUGAGAAUUGUUUUAUCUGACACCAAAUCAAAUUUCAAGACUCAUGAAUAUGUGAAAUUCGGAUUGGAUGUUCAUUCAUCAUAUUCUGUUUUUAACUUUUUUAAAUUAUUUAACGUUCUUUAUAACAAAGCUCCUAAGAGUGGUAAGUCCAUGAUAGACAUGUUUGCAGACGCAAUUAGAAGAAGAGCAUUGUUAGCGUUGUGUAAGGCUCAUUCACCUGUCACAUUGAAUAGAGAUUUUGUUGAGCACUCUCUUGGUCUUUCCAUCAAUCACAAAAGGAACGAGUCGAAUUUUUCAAAAAACUGGGUGUUAUUUUCACUUCUCCCGACAAGGAUGAAAUUGAUUGCAAAAAGACUUUGGAAUACUUUCUAA